AUGGAAAAGAACGACCCAGAAAGAGGUGUAGGAGGAGGAAAGAGAGACAUUGAAGAAGGAACGAAAGACAAACAGCUAAAGAACCAUCUCAACAGCGAGGAGAAGGGCGAGAAGGAGAAGAAAGUGGGUGAGAAGGACGCGAGAGAGCCGGCAGUCCAGGUCCCUGUUGAGGAGCAGCUGGGCGCUGAGCGAACGUCUCACCAUCAACGUCUCAGGGAUGCACUACGAGACCCAACUCCACACUUUGGCCCAGUUCCCGGACUCCAUGCUGGGCGACCCCAGAUGCCGGCUUCGCUACUUCGACCUGUUGCACAAUGAGCUCUUCUUGGACUGCAAUCGGGCCUGCUUUGACGCCAUGCUCUGCUUUUCCCAGCCGGGCGGGCGGCUUCCGGCGGCCCGCCAAUGUUCCCCUGGAUGUUUUCAUUGACGAGCUGCAUUUCUAUGAGCUGGUCGAGCAGAUCAUGGCGUGCUUCGAGGAGGACGAGGACUUCCCCAAGGAGUCUGUGGAUGCUGUUUGAGCAUCCAGAGUCAUUGUCGGGCGAGAGCAUCAUCGCCAUCACCAGCGUCAUGGUGAUCGUGGUGCCCAUCCUCAUCUUCUGCCUGGAGAUGUUGCCCGACUUCAGGAGCGAGAAUGAGUUUUGUGAGGUAAGGCGGCAAGGGAGUAGUGAGAUGGGAUCAGAGUUUGUGAGCGGAGUUGAGCGAUCGGAAAUCCCACUCAUCGCUCAUGGAGCGAUGCUUGCGCAAAAGAAACUCCUGCUCCAAAUUCGCUCCAUUCAUUAAAAUCACAAUUUAACCAACACCCAUCUAUUUUUGGGACUACCUGGACCUACCAUUUGCUUUUGAAGUAUUGAAAGUAAACCAUAUGAUUUGAAUGAAAAGUAUUUUAAUAAACGUGAAAAGGUGAAUGUAAGAAGCGUUCAUCAUUUAAAAUAGGCUACACGUCGUAUUAAACAACAUAUAAACACUUUAAAUUGGUCAGGAGCCAGACAGGGAGCCUAAGAAGGAACACAAAUUAAUUAUUUAGGCUAUAUUAUUUCAAAUAUUUCAAGGCUAUAACCUACAAAGAAAUACAUUGUGAAGCAUUUGCGAGUGCGACACAAUAGGCUGGUAGGGACAUAAAGGGCUCAGCAUUUAAACAACAUUUCGUUGUAUUAAAUCAUUAUAGUCUAUAAAUUGCGCAUAUAGGCUGACUUACUAAGAAUUAAAUACAACUUCAAUCAUUUUUAGAAACACGAGAUUGACCAGGCUCAAGCGAUGGUACCUGGAGAGCAGGCCAGCAAUGGAGAAUAUCCUCUCUGCGUUUGCAGGGCCACUGGGCUAAACACCCUCCAGGCCACUCUUGCCAGGUUGGGCAGAGAUGAAGAGUUUUUAUUUUGUUAUUUGUCUAUAGGUAGGCUUAAAUGUUUUUUAGGCAAAAUAACGCAAUCAAAACGGAAAGCUCCUUGAAAGUUGGAAUAUGCCAGGCCUAUUGGGCCAAAAUCAAUUAUGGCCUAUUGUAUAGAUUAUAGAACAAAAAUUAACAAAACCUUUAAGAGAUCUGAUUUUUAGUUUAAAAAUACAUUGCUACAAUGACACACUUAGUUAGCUACCCACCUUGUUCCUUUCUUUUAGCAUGUGCAAGUAGUAAGUACACCAUCAUGCUUUCGGGAUAUGUGUCAUUUCAGAUUCCACAAUGAUUCUUUAGUUGUGGACAAUACAUCACUGCACUCCCUCUCUUGGUCUUUGUCCUCAUCUUUGUAAGUUGUAAAUCACCUUGAUUUUGCACCUGUGUGUUUUAUCAGCUUCUUUAUGAAAAUAUUUAGCGAACUCCAUAACAGUAGCUAAAGCAAUGGGCUAUUGCAGCACACAAGUAGACUACAAAUGCAUACCGUGCCAGGCAUGCCCUGAGCUCGUGAAGUGAGCACUACUGGAGCGAAAUUGGAGUGGGCGAGAAGGCCCAUGUUCCAGCCUUUGGGAAUCUCGCUCUGUUCUCCAGUCAAAUUGGGCACGCUCCGCUCCUCGCUCCAGCUCCGCUCCACUCACAUACUCUGGAUGGGAUAAAGAAGAGACAAGGAAAAUUUAAAACGUUUGGGUCAAUAGUCCAAAGUGGCCAAAUAUCCACUUGUUUCCUCCUCCAUCUAAAAUAGGAGAGAUUGAGUGAACAUUCGGUAGAUGGAAAGUGUUACAUAACAUUACAGUCAGAGCAGGUUAGGGAUAGUUACUGGACAUGUGAUGGUAAGGGAGAGGGGAAAUAUGAUAUUUUGUGAAAGAGGGUUAACAAGUGUUUAAGCAAUGAUGUCAUUAAAACAAUGAUGUCUUUGAAACAAUCGAAUGAAAUACUACAUUUUGGUCUAACUCCCACUUAUCUGCUUUUGAAUAUUUAAUCGAAUUUUGAAAAGCGUCAAGAGAGCAAGAUGGAUGGAGGGAAAGAUAGAGGAGAGCCAUGUAUCAUUUUCAAAAUGACACAUUUCUUCCUCUUAAGUUUUAUUAAUAAUUUCAACUGUUCAAACCGGUUAUUGGAUAUUUACUUCAGAUACGUAACAAAUUAGUAUUGCGACACAUUUUUGUGUCAUACAGUCAACUCAUCUGGUAAAGUCUAAGUCUACCUCACAUGGUCUAUCUGGUGUGUCUUGAAUGGGAUGUGUGCAGGACCGAAUUAAGAAAUCAUAGCCUUUUGAAAAUGCAUUUCAUGCAAUUCUACCUCAUCUACAUGACAGAAGACAUUAACUGAAUAUUUCUUAAUACCACACAAAUGACCGAAAUGAGUGGCUACUCUGACACUGACAAACUGAGAUUAAUCUGGUCUUGAAUUCAAACAAACAAUAGCCCAGGCCAGUGAAGCGACACACAGAUAGUACAAUAUUAGGAAGAAAUACAGUACCAGUCAGAUGUUUGGACACACCUGGGUUUUUCUUUAUUUUUACUAUUUUUUACAUUGUAGAAUGAUAGUGAAGACAUCAAAACUAUGAAAUAACACAUAUAGAAUCAUGUAGUAACCAAAAAAGUGUUAAACAAAUCAAAAUAUAUUGUAUAUUUGAAAUACUUCAAAAUAGCCACCCUUUGCCUUGAUGACAACUUUGCACACUCUUCGCAUUCUCUCAACCAGCUUCAUGAGGUAGUCACCUGGAAUGCAUUUCAAUGCGUUUGAGCCAAUCAGUUGUGUUGUGACAAGGUAGGGGGGGUAUACAGAAGAUAGCCUUAUUUGGUAAAAGACCAAGUCCACAUUAUGACAAGAACAGCUCCUAUAAGCAAAGAGAAAUGACAGUCCAUCCUUACUUUAAGACAUGAAGGUCAGUCAAUACGGAACAUUUCAAGAACUUUGAAAGUUUCUUCAAGUGCAGUCGCAAAAACCAUCAAGCGCUAUGAUGAAACUGGCUCUCAUGAGGACCACCACAGGAAUGGAAGACCCAGAGUUACCUCUGCUGCAGAGGAUAAGUUCAUUAGAGUUACCAGCCUCAGAAAUUGCAGCCCAAAUAAAUGCUUCACAGAGUUCAUGUCACAGACAAAUCUCAACAUUAACUGUUCAGAGGGGACUGUGCGAAUCAGUCCUUCAUGGUCGAAUUGCUGCAAAGAAACCACUACUAAAGGACACCAAUAAGAAGAAGAGACUUGCUUGGGCCAAGAAACAUGAGCAAUGGACAAUAGACCGGUGGAAAUUUGUCCUUUGGUCUGGAGUCCAAAUUUGAGAUUUUUGGUUCCAACCGCUGUGUCUUUGUGAGACGCGGUGUGAGUGAACGGAUGAUCUCCGCAUGUGUAUUUCCCACCGUAAAACAUGGAGGAGGAGGUGUUAUGGUGUGGGGGUGCUUUGCUGGUGACACUGUCUGUGAUUUAUUUAGAAUUCAAGGCACACUUGACCAGCAUGGCUACCACAGCAUUCUGCAGCGAUACGCCAUCCCAUCUGGUUUGGGCUUGUUUUUCAACAGGCCUCCAGGCUGUGUAAGGGCUAUUUUACCAAGAAGGAGAGUGAUGGAGUGCUGCAUCAGAUGAGCUGGCCUCCACAAUCCCACAACCUCAACCAAAUUGAGAUGGUUUGGGUGGCUUUUUGAAGAAUCUCAAAUAGAAAAUAUAUUUUGAUUUGUUUAACACUUUUUUGGUUACUACAUGAUUCCAUAUGUGAUAUUUCAUAGUUUUCAUAUCUUCACUAUUAUUCUACAAUGUAACAAAUAGUAAAAAUAAAGAAAAACCCUUGAAUGAGUAGAUGUGUCCAAACUUUUGACUGGUACUAUAUAUAUAUAUAUAUUAUAGGCUACAGUAAGCUACUAAAUAUAAUUUCCAGUUGCACACUGACUCACUUAAUGAUGAAGAUGAAGCCAUAGGCUACUCACGGGGAUGGCUGAUGCGCUCCUCAUGGCAAUAGCCUAUCCUCAAGAUGAGUUACUUUGGAAAACAGUGCUGCUGUUUUGGGAGUUGUUGAGAAAUAAUUAUUUCUAUUGGUUCUACAGACAGAUUAGUCUUCUCGUUUCAGCAAUAGGCAUUUGUUUUCCAAACUGUACAUUUUUCGGCGAUUGUAUUUUGAAUUCUGCAAAGCACAAACCUACAGGCGCAACCAACCAUAGAAAUAUAAUCCAUAGAUGGCAGUUCCAUCCAAGUCAGACUGGCAGCCAUUGUUAGUGUACCCAAGAGUUUAACGGUCAAAUUGCCAGGGUAAGAGUUUCCAAAAGCUUCUAUGGACAUAAGUCUAUGGCCACAACACAAGCAAAAAACUGCGGCCUUUCCGACUGUAGGCAUGUCAGUAACUGCCAAAAUAAAGGAAACACUUGAGUAAAUGAGGGAUACAAAGUAUACAGUGCCUUUGGAAAGAAUUCAGACCCCUUUACUUUUUCUUACGCUAAGGCCUUAUUCUAAAACAUUUUUUUUUAUCUCAGCAAUCUACACACAAUACCCCAUAAUAAAAAAACGACAACAGGUUUUUUAGAAAUUUUGGCAAAUGUAUAAAAUAAACAAAACAGAAGUACCUUAUUUACAUAAGUAUUCAGACCCUUUCCUAUGAGACUCGAAAUUGAGCUCAGGUGCAUCCUGUUUCCAUUGAUUAUCCUUGAGAUGUUUCUACAACUUGAUUGGAGUCCACCUGUGGUAAAUUCAAUUGAUUGGACAUGAUUUGGAAAGGCACACACCUGUCCCACAGUUGACAGUGCAUGUCAGAGCAAAAACCAAGCCAUGAGGUCGAAGGAAUUGUCCGUAGAGCUCUGAGCCAAGAUUGUGUCGAGGCACAGAUCUGGGGAAGGGUACCAAAAAAUGUCUACAGCAGUGAAGGUCCCCAAGAACUCAGUGGCCUCCAUCAGUCUUAAAUGGAAGAAGUUUGGAACCAGGGAAAGUGGGAGACUAGUCAGGAUCGAGGCAAAGAUGAACGGAGCAAAGUACAGAGAGCUCCUUGAUGAAAACCUGCCCCAGAGCGCUCAGGACCUCAGACUGGGGCGAAGGUUCACCUUCCAACAGGACAACGACCCUAAGCACACAACCAAGACAACGCAGGAGUGGCUUCGGGACAAGUCUCUGAAUGUCCUUGAGUGGCCCAGCCAGAGCCCGGACUUGAACCCGAUCUAACAUCUCUGGAGAGACCUGAAAAUAGCUGUGCAGCAAUGCUCCCCAUCCAACCUGACAGAGCUUGAGAGGAUCUGCAGAGAAGAAUGGGAGAAACUGACCUAAUACAUGUGUGCCAAGCUUGUAGCAUCAUACCCAAGAAGACUUGAUGCUGUAAUCGCUGCCAAAGGUGCUUCAACAAAGUACUGAGUAAAUGGUCUGAAUACUUAUGUAAACUGUUUUUGCUUUGUCAGUAUGGGGUGUUGUGUGUAGAUUGAUGAAGGGGGAUUUUUUUUUUUGAAUAAGGCUGUAACGUAACAAAAAGUGGAAAAUGUUAAUGGGGUAUGAAUACUUUCCUAAGGCACUGUAUGUUAUGUUGUGGGGUGCAUUUUCCUGGCAUGGUUUAGGUCCACUUAUAGAAUCUAUGCCAAUGCACAUUGAAGCGGUUCUGCCAGCUCGUGGUGGCCUGACACCUUUUCAAGACAGUUUAUGUUGGUGUUUCCUUUAUUUUGGCAGUUACCUGUAUGUGCUUGUGAUAAAACUUAAUCUACAGUUAUUUUUUUAAACUAUUGAUCCUCUGUGGCAAAAUUAUUCUCUCUGGUGUAUGUUGAACAUUGAGAGCGGGCUCCUGUGUUUGGAUGAAAAAAAAUAUAUAUAAUACAAAUAAAUAAUGUAAUGUUUAUUUGUGUUUUUUGGUCUCUUUGGUCCCUUACUGGCACAGCCCCUGACUGACACAAUUGACCAGUCACAUUUACUUAUUAUGCAGUUUUUUAUUUUAUCAAUUGGUUACCCUGUCAAGGCAGGGCAUCCCAGUUACCCACGUGGGCCCCCUACCUCCUCUCCUACCCACAUCUGAUGAUCAGCAGAGCGGCACAGGCAGCAGCAGGCAGUCUAAACUUAUUGAGAGCGGGCUCCUGAGUCCUCCUGUGGUUAUAUAAUAUAUACUGUAUAUAUAAUAUAUACUGUAUAUAUUUCCUUCAUUUCUUAAAAUACAUUUUUGUAUUUUUUUGUUGCCUUUUGGGCCCCCCACGGCCCUGGGCCCAGGGGCUUCAUUAAUCCGGCCCUGGAUGUGUGUAGUUCUGGUGUGUCUUGAAUGGGAGGUGUGUAGCUAUGGGAUGUGUCUUGUAGAUACCCAUUGACUACCAGUCACUCUGUUAACGCUAGUUAGCAUUGGCUCGCAAAACUACCUCUAACUUCCUUCAUAUCCACGAGUUCAUCUGACUCUGGGGAUGUAGAUAAAGGGCCCCAUUGCCAAAAUCCAGAAGUAUCCCUUUAAAAGGUUUGGGAUAGAGUUAAAAUAAAACAUUUGUAUCUACCACUGAGAUUGAACAUGCAACCUUUGGAUCCGGAGUCAUGGUAAUAGCGCUCACUGUUGCCCCUAGUGGCCGGUUUUGAUGGCAUUUCCCGACAUUCUCAGCACAUGGACAGACGUCCAAUUUCAAAGUCAAUCUUGCGCAAUCUGCCUGGUAAUGUUAUCACAUUCCUUCAGGAGAGCUAUACUAGGCUGACGGUGGCUGCCUUUUGCACGAGGGGUGACUGCCAGGAAGCGCUUGUAACAGUGCAAUCUUGUCUCCCCAGUGAGGAGUGGCAGGCCGACUGAAGAGUGUUGGCUAUGCGGCUGGGCCGCAGAGGAGGGAGAUGGGAUAGCGACAGUGGAGAUGGAUGGGGAGCAUGGGGAGUGGCGUGAACACUCAUGUUUCUCCUUGGAGAUCUCGGUGGGGGGGGGCCAGCGUCUUCCAGGACACCUUCUUCCUGGUGGAGACCAUGUGUGUCUGCUGGCUCUCUUUUGAGCUGCUCAUGCGUUUUGCCUGCUUGCCCAGCCAGAUGCACUUUUUCAAGGAUGUGAUGAACAUCAUCGACUUCACAACCAUCCUGCCCUACUAA